AUGGGCAUCAAAGAUCUUCUCAGAUUCAUGAAACCUUACGUUGAACCCAUUCACAUCAAGAACUACGCUGGCAAACGCGUGGGUAUUGAUGCAUAUUCAUGGCUUCAUAAAGGAGCUUAUUCAUGUAGUAUGGAACUUUGUCUUGAUUCUGAUAGUGAAAGGAAAUUGCGUUACAUUGAAUACUUUAUGCAUAGAGUGAAUCUGCUUCGGCACUAUAAAGUAACACCAGUUGUUGUUUUUGAUGGUGGCAAUGUUCCUUGCAAGUCAGCAACUGAGAAAGAGAGGAACAAAAAAAGAAAUGCUUAUCGUGAUUUGGCAAUGGCCAAGCUCAAAGAAGGGAAUGUUAAUGCUGCUUCUGAGCUUUUUCAGAGAGCAGUGAAUAUUACUCCCCUUAUGGCAUAUAAGCUUAUUCAGACUUUGAAAUCAGCCAACAUUGAGUUUGUUGUAGCUCCAUAUGAAGCUGAUGCUCAGUUAGCAUACCUGUCCAACCUUGAGACCGAAAAGGGCGGUAUUGCAGCUGUGAUUACAGAAGAUAGUGAUCUGAUAGCUUAUGGUUGUCCAGAUGUUAUUUUUAAGAUGGACCGUGAAGGGAACGGUGAAAGAAUAGAGUUAGAGAAGGUUUUUUCUGCCGAAUCUUGUAAACCUUCAUUUCGGAGUUUUGAUAUGAAGCUUUUCACAGGUAUGUGUGUUUUAGCUGGCUGUGAUUUUCUUCCAUCUGUUCCUGGCAUUGGUGUUGCUCGAGCCCAUGCCUUAGUUUCAAAGUAUCAGAAUAUCGAUCGUGUAUUGUCUGUUCUUAAGUUUGAGAAAGGUGAUCAAAUGCCUGAAGAUUAUGCCAAAUCCUUCAGAGACGCACUUGCCGUAUUUCAACAUGCUCGAAUAUAUGAUAUCGAUACUAAAGAGCUCAAGCACCUGAAGCCUCUUCCAGAAAAUUUUCUCGAGUCACUUGACGAAAACCUUGAUUUUUUGGGACCAGAGCUUCCCUCAACUAUAGUCAAAGCAAUAGCCGAAGGAAACUUGAAUCCGUCAACUAAGAAAGCCUUUGAUAAGUCUGAAAUUUCUAGACUUCCUUUACACCCUAUAGAUCCCCAAACCAUUGGUCAACUCAGGAAACGAGAAGUUUCGACACCGAUUAAGCAGGAAAACUGUUUUUCAGUCUUUGGCUCCCAAAAGAUCAAUCAUGCUAUUACAAGGCUCUCAGAUAAAGAAACAUAUUCAAAUGAAGCAUUGGCACUUCAGAAACUAAUCAUGCCAUUAGGAACAAAAGAAACAAUGAAAAAAACCAUUACAUGCGAUAAAACUCCUUUUAAGGUUCCUAACAACAAUCCUUUUAGGAUAAGAAAACACAAGGAGGAGGAAACUGUUGAAGAAAUUUCUAUUGUAAGCAGUGUUGAAUUUAUUGACCUUGACGAUUGCGUGUCACCGAGUAACUCUCAAGGGUCUAAGAAUGAAGAAAUUUCUGUUGUCAGCAGUGUGGAAUAUAUCAAUCUUGAUAAUUACAUGUCACCGCACGAAAAAAUGUCAACAAAUUUCUCAAGGAAAAGGAAAUUCGAGAAUAUUUGCUUAGAUAAAGUAGAAGCGAAAGAUGAACAGGUUUCGGGAGUAACCGAAGUGGAAUGCUUGAAUGUGGAGUCUCAAAAAAGUGUUAAGUCCAAGAUUAGGAAGAGUGAUGAUUUGAAAGGAAGUGAAAAGAAAUCCAAGAAAAAGGGAAGUAACAUUAGAACUAUUCUGAAUUUCUUUUCAAGAGUGUAA